AUGGGUGUUCGCCCUUUGAUCCGAAGAGCGCGAAUUGUGUUUCGCCGCAUAUCAACUGAAGGCAAUGACAAUGACCCCCUCGCACAGAACACAGCCCGUGACGCUAAGGGUGGUCCUCGGAGUCCCACCAGCUCUGUGGCACUUGAGGAGAUACCUGAUGGGAGUGCCCAGCAUGGUGUUCAAGAUGUCGAGGCUGUGACGAUGACGUGGUCAAGAGGUACCCUGAUCGCAGUCUUUAUCAACAUUUGGUUUCUUUAUUUUGCGAAUGCUUUUCAAUCUACGGUUAUCGUUACUCUGAACCCCUAUGUGACAAGUUCAUUCAAAGCACACUCGCUGUCCGCGGUUCCCACAGCUCUAGGUGAUGUCUUUGCAGCUGCCACCUACCUACCUGUCGCAAAAAUGAUGGAUGUAUGGGGUCGUGCAGAAGGGUUUCUCUUGAUGGUCAUAUGUUUAACUGUCGGCUUGGUUCUCAUGGCGACCUGUGAUAGCUUUGAGAUCUACUGCGCUGCAAACGUCUUCUACUAUACAGGUUUCUACGGCAUGGAAUACGCGGUCGAUGUUAUGACAGCCGACGUUUCAACCUUGAGAAACCGUGCUUUCGCUUAUGCAUUUACUUCCUCCCCAUACAUUAUCACGGCAUUUGCGGGACCCAAGGUGGCAAACGAAUUCUACUACCUGGUUUCCUGGAAAUGGGGCUUUGGUUGCUGGGCAAUUGUCGUUCCUGUAGUGGCGGCCCCGCUAUACAUAAUGCUGAAGUACAACCUGUACAAGGCAGAGAAAGAAGGCUACCGGAUCAAGAGGCCAAGUGGUCGCACGGUAUUUGAAAGCAUCUGUCAUUGGACUGUUGAGUUUGAUAUCUUUGGAGUCUUCCUGUUUACUGCUGGUCUUGUAUUGUUUGAGCUUCCCUUUGACCUCGCCCAUUAUGCCCCCGAUGAUUGGGCUUCUGGAUAUAUUAUCGCCAUGCUUGUCGUCGGGUUCUGUAUGCUUUUCUUCUUCGCUAUCUGGGAAAGGUGGCUGGCUCCAGUGCCGCUUUUCGAGUGGCGACUUCUUACAAACCGCACUAUCGUCGGUGCAGUCCUUUUGGAUGCAACCUACCAGCUCUCGAACUAUUGCUGGAGUUACUACUUCACAUCUUGGCUGCAAGUUAACAAUAACCUAUCCAUUACCACUUCCAACUACAUCGUCAAUAUCUUCGAUAUGGUCUCUGGUGUGCUAUUGCUAGCCACAGGUUGGCUAAUCCGGAGAAUUGGCCGUUAUAAAUGGACUCUUUAUAUUGCUAUUCCGCUCUAUAUCUUCGGACAGGGCUUGAUGAUACAUUUCCGCCAGCCGAACAUGAACGUUGGCUACCAAGUGAUGUGCCAAAUCUUCCUCGCUAUCGGUGGUGCAACCUUCAUUCUUGUCGAGCAGCUUGCUAUCCUAGCGGCUGUCGACCACCAACAUGUCGCUACAGCGCUUGCCGUGUUGAAUGUGGUUGGAACUAUUGGCGAUAGUGCGGGUCUCACCAUCAGUACCGUCAUCUGGCAAAACACAUACCUUAAAGCUCUUCUCCGAUACCUCCCUGAAUCGGCUUUGCCGAAUCUGAAUAACAUCUACGAGGAUCUCGUUACGCAACGGAACUAUCCUAUUGGGUCCCCCACCAGGCUGGCUAUUCAGAAGGCGUACGCCUAUGCCGAGCUUCGAUUACUCUCUGUUGGGUGUGGCAUUAUAGUUCUGGCGAUUCCUUGGACAUUUUUGAUGAAGGAUAUCAAUUUGAAGAGGAAGCAGCAGGUCAGGGGUACGGUCUUUUAG